CGAACAAAAGAAUCACCAAGAUACCCGUACCAGUGACAUCUCGGAGCACAUGCCGCUUGCCUGGAACUUAGACAAAUAGUCGCGUCUGACAUCUCGCCAGUCCCCGAGUUUCGUGGCGGCUCAGCGAUCGCCAGGGGUUUGCCGGUCAAAGCAUCACCAACUCCGAAUAUCAAACCCCCACCAUGGCCUCGACGUCUGAUAACAGCACCCUGGCAACGCUGGUUGGCAGUCCUGUAGCGGAGCAGCUCAUAACGGCACAUGUAUCUCACCUUGUGUCUCCUACAGAAGACCCAGCUUCAGCGGCAUCAACACAGCACCCGUCUUCAGAACUCCUCGCCAUAGGCUUGGCCGCUCUCGAUGCCUUCCUCCAGGCAACCGUUACGGGUCCUGUUCUGCCACCGAACGAUUCGGCUCAUGUUGAGAAGCUCUUUGCCAAUGCUUGGAACUCAAGCCACUCAGAAUCUCAUGACACGGUCGUUGCGCUGCACCAACUUAGAAGGGCCUGCUUAAAGUAUCUUGAAGUUGAUGGCGUGGUUCCCUAUGCCUACAUCCCUCACUUGGAGCUCUUCUCUCUUGCCAAGUACAUCUUGGUCCAUUCCUUAGCAGCUGAGACGACUGAUGUUUUUGAGCUGCCUUCAACUGAGGGAACUUCAACAAAACGAAGCCUUGCAUGGGAGAAACUACGGGUUAACGUCUGGCAUUAUAAGAUCAUCACUCAGCCAAGCCUGGGCUCUGGAUCAAAUUUCACCAAAAGUUCACAGUGGAGCGACAUUCCUACACUAGCAACCCAGAUUAGCAACGAAAUAGACACUGUACGAGGAAAUAUUCUCGGCAAUGAGGUCUGGGCGACGGAAGAGACCUGGACUCGGGAUGAAAAGGCCUUGUUCCUCGUCGAAGCUGCCAACAACUACAUUCUGCUUGGACGCUAUGAUAAGGCAAAGGAGACGCUUAGUGAAGCGGCGCAGGUCACUGGCGUUGCUUAUGCCCUAUCCGGUGCACUGGGAAAGAGGACCAAAUUCCAAGAGCACAACAUCAGUCAGCUCGUUGUUUUUGCACGAAGCGCCUCUGAGCAAGAUGCUGCUGCCACAGAGGAGAGCAAGGAUGAGGACGACCAAGCCGCUGCUAAGCCAGACGCUCUCAAGCUCAACAAUGAUACCCUACUAGAAGAGAUUAAGUUUGCAAACGAGCCCGUGAAGGACACAGCAGCAGUUCAGACUUUGCCCCCGGCGCUAUCCGAGCUAUCACCAGAUGACCAGCCGCAGCUUUCUGCUCUCGACGAGAUCAUUCUUCUUACCGAGGCCACAAUCAAGGAUGCCUUUUCGCCUAUUGACGGACUCACCUCUGAACAGAUUCUGCCAUUCGCGGUCCGCGUUCUGACUGAUAAAUCCGUCAACUGGCAGAUUUACACGCAAGCCCUUCUCGUGCGUUCAAGGGUGGAAAUCCACAGGAGCAGAACAGUUGAACGUGGUGUCCUGCAACUGCAGGCCGUUGCCGACCAGGUCCUCACUGACACCACCUUUUCCGCCCCGACAAGCAACGAAUCUCAAGAAAAAGACGAAUCAGACGUCCCAGCCAUUCAGGUGACCGCCCCAGGCCAAUCCGCCGCCCCUGUCGACGAGUCCAAGCCUACUACUUUUUUGCCCGCCGCAACCAACUUAGAGUCCGCACCCGCUCACGUUCGUCUUCGUUACAUCCACGCCUUAUCUACCCCUCCGCGAUGGCAUCUCGAGUCUGAGCUUGCUUACGCCUGGGCUGGCAUAGGCUCCAUGACAUCUGCCCUUGAAAUCUUCAAGCGUCUAAAACUAUGGGCAGAAGUAGCUCUCUGCUACGCCAGCAGCGCAGCAACUGAGGACGAGGAUGGCCGAGGCAGCGGCGGAGAAGCCAAAGCCAAGGGAAUCAUUCGCUGGAGACUUUUCAACAAGACUGGAGUUACAACACCUUCUUCAUCAGAGCCAGAGGAUGAAGUUGUUGGCCAAGACGUCAGUCUUCUCAAGGCAGCUGAUUAUUCGGGCGUAGAGCGACAACCUCCCUCUCCCAACGCUGCUCGUCUGUGGUGCAUCCUCGGCGACCUUGAAAAUGACCCAGCUCACUACGAGCGCGCUUGGGAGAUCUCUAAACACCGCUACUCUCGUGCUCAGCGAUCCCUGGGAGAGUACUACAUCGGCCAGAAAGACCUAUCAAAGGCUCUGGAAGCAUAUAAAAAGGCCACCAGUGUCAAUAGGCUAAGUCCCGACAUGUGGGGUCGUCUCGGUGAUAUCAGCUUGCGCAUGGGACAGUUCGAAGACGCAGCAGAGGCGUACAGUCGGUCCAUUAGCAGCGCAAAUGACACCGAGGGAGGCGAAGGUGCUAAAACAUGGAGCAAUCUCGGCAGCGCUCUGUACAGCUUGUACAGCGAACUGACUGCUCCUGGAAGGGCCAAAGAGCUCGAUGAGGCUCCUGCUACUACGAAAGCCCCUCUUGACGACGAGGACGAUGACAUCGUCAUCGCGGGUUCAGAUGAGAAAAUCGCCUCUCGAGAUCCCAACAAGCUCCUCGCCCAAUCUCUCGCCGCCUACAAGCAGGGAGCUUCCAUCGCCCACGACAACUGGCGCAUCUGGGACAACGUCAUCACACUCGGCUCCCGCAUCUACCCCGUCCCCGCCACAGACAUCAUCCUCGCCAUGACGCACAUCAUCCGCAUUCGAAAAACAGAGGAUGCCCUCGACGUCGAUAUCCUUUCCGCCCUCUUGCAGGACACCAUCCUGUCAAAGGACAGGCCCUCCGCCAGCAACGGCGUCUACGAACCCCCUCGCGGCUCCGUCGAGCGCCUCCUCAUGCGUCUCAUCGAAGAGGAAAUCGUACCGCUCAUCACCAACCGCUCUGACCUCUGGACGCUCGUCUCGCGCCUCCGCGCCUGGCGGUGCGAUUACGCCGGAGCCAUCGACGCCUCGGAGCGAGCUUGGCGCGCUGCUGUCGGCGCCUCUGGCAGCGGCCUCCUCCCCGGCGAAUCUGCCUCCGCAGACUGGACGUCCAACGAGGCUGGGUGGGCAGAAGUCGUGAAGAGAACUGACGAGCUGGUUUCCGUGCUGGAGAAUUGGGGCCCUGACGUCGAGGCUAUUGGGCAGAAGUGGAAGGGCAAGGCGCGGAGCGCAGUGCGCAGCGUGAUGGGACGAGCAAAGACCAACUGGGAGGAUAGCGAGGGAUGGAAAACGUUGGAGAAUCUCAUGGAGGGGCUGAAGAUAGAUCGAAGCUAAAAUAGAAUAGAAGACAAAAAAGAAUAGAAUAUAAAUGCAAAGGGAAAAAACAAGAA